AUGGUGGCCGUCGAACACAUUCAGCAGGCCUUAGCCGCCUCCCUCAUUUACUUUUACCCUGUCGCGCACUUCGCACGCACCUUUGGCCCGCUUAUCGAAAAAGGUGUCAAUACUUUCGAGCACCAGAGCCUUACCUCCAGCAGUGACUUACAGGUUGUGACGAGAGCCAACAUCGACACUGUCUACUCCCGGGCCGUGAUCGACCUCUCCGAGAAUGAUGUCCUCAUGACCAUACCCGAGAUCCCGGACGUCAGGACCCACAUCUUCCCGUUCCACGACUUCUACGGCAAUAGCUUUGCCAUCUUGGGCAGCUUCAACAACGCGAGCGAGGGCUCGUGGCGCCUGACCCUCGGGGAGCCCGGCCAAAGCGCCAUCGAGAUAUCCGACCAUGGUGAUUCCUGCGACCCAGACGCGGUCACAGGCACAGUCUACUUCCCAACGACGUACGGAUCCAUUUUCCCGCGCCUGCUCCUCCUCAACGAGCCCGACGACCAGCGCGCCAUUGCCGACAUCCAGAAGAAGCUGACCCUGCAACAGAUCCCGCGCAGGAAGAAGGACCGGCAUGGCAAGGGUGCUUCUCGAAUCGGCAAAGGCGCCCCCCGCUUGACCACGGACCUCAUCAACGUCUCUGGCCUGUCGCCCGGAAGCUACCUCUCACCCGCAGCGUACGACAGGGCCAACAUAACCAUGCUCCUGGAUGUUGCGCAUCGUCUCAUCAAGUACAACCUCCCCGUGAGCCAAGAGAUCGUCAACGACCAAGUCCUCCGGAAUCUCUCCAUCGCGGGCGCAAAAGGUAAAAAACCCUACUCCAUUCCCUGCAACGUCAACCUCGACACCGUCCGCGCCCUGGUCCAGGCCCGUCUCGACGCCGCACUCGCCGAUCCUGGCAACUAUGGCGCCCCCAGUGACGACUCGCGCGCCGACUGGCGAUGGUUUGAGCGUCUCGGUGACUUCGGCCUAGGCUUUGACUGGCGCGCGCAGAUCACGUCCCAGGGCUAUCUGGGUAUCACCACGGAACAGUAUCUCGCCCUGAUCUACACGGGUGGCAAAUCCCCCAUCGGCGCCAUGUCCCUGGUUGAAGGGGAGGCUUUCGUCUGGACGUUCAAUGGACGUCCUCCGCUAGAGAAGCCUGGCGGCUUCUGGAGUCUCACGGUCUACAACGCGGAGGGUUUCCUCGUAUCAAACCAGUACAACAGGUUCGGUCUGGGUGACCGAAGCAACCUGACAUACGCAAACGGAGAAGAGGUCUAUCCUAGCGGAGCUAGGGAGAUGCCUGCGCAGGCCCAGAAUGAGAAUGGGGAUGGAUCUUUUCAGAUCCUGCUGCAGAGUGUUGACAACCCCCCGCCCGCGAACUGGACGAGCAACUGGAUUCCGACGCCUGCAGAGAGCAAUGCAACUUUCUUUAUCAACAUCCGCUUAUACGGCCCGACCGAGGAGUUGAUUGACGGGCCGUACGAUUUCCCCGUGCGCACCAAGGUCGACGCCAUCUCGCAGUAG